ACACUUUCCCAACGCUACCAAACCAUUUCAUUCACUAAAAAACUAGAAGAUGGGGAUGGUUGUGGUGAUUUCUCUUCCUUUCAUAAUCUUCUGCUUAGUUCUUGGUUUUGGAUGUUACUUCUUUGGAAGAGCCAGAGGAAGGAGAGAGGUUCAAACCAACCCACAAGUUUAUGGGAUGCCAGCUCCACCCCCAACUGCAUGUGCUUCACAUCCCCACUCCAAGCCAGACAACACUGAUAAUGUUUGAUCUCAAAUUAUCUACUCAGCUUCGCUUCGCUGUUGUGUUGCACAAAUACAUAUACGUCAUAUAUAUUGGGUUUCGUUUGGUGUAAUUAUUCACUCCAAUAAGAUUAACCUCUAUUUACUUUUUGUCUGUUAUUUACUACCCCUUGUUUCGAGGUUGAAAGUUCAAUCAACUUUUAUUCUUUUUUAUUGUCUCAAUUCAAUUUUGCUAAAGUUGUGUUUA